AUGGCAGAUAUCGAUCUGGACGCAGCGCUCCGCGUCGCUGUGGAUGCGGCGCGCGUCGCCGGCGCGAUCAUCGCCGACGCGUGGGGCAACGGCGCGAAGGGCGAAGUAACAAAGUCAUCCCACGUCGACCUCGUCACAGAGACGGACAAGAAGUGCGAGGAUGUCAUCCGCACGCGCCUGAUGGAGGCGUUCCCGGCGCACAGCUUCAUAGGGGAGGAGGAGGCGGCGGAGGCCGGCGGUGCUGUGACGCUCACCGACGAACCCACAUGGAUGGUGGACCCCCUCGACGGCACCACCAACUUUGUGCACGGCUACCCCUUCAGCUGCGUGUGCGUGGCUCUGGCAGUCAAACAGGAGCCGGUGGUCGGGGUGGUGUAUAACCCCAUACUGCAGGAGCUGUUCACGGCCAGGCAAGGCGGCGGCGCGUUCCGCAACGACCGGCCGAUACGUGUCAGCGGCACCACGGACCUGCGGCAGGCCCUGGUAGGUACAGAGAUCGGCACAACGCGCGACGCGGAGACCGUCGAGGCCAUGCUUGACCGGGUCAAACAGCUGACCGCGGCCUCCAGAAGCCUGCGCUGCUGCGGCUCCUGCGCGAUGAACAUCUGCGGCGUCGCCUGCGGCCGGCUCGACGCGUUUUACGAGAUCGGCUUUGGCGGCUGCUGGGACGUGGCGGCCGGCGCCAUCAUCCUGAGGGAAGCCGGCGGGCAGCUGCUCGACCCCAGCGGCGGGCCCUGGCACGUUAACAGCCGGCGCGUGCUGGCGGCCAACGCGCACUUGGGGCCCGCGGCGGCCGCGGUGCUCAAGGGAUGCAAAGUCAGCAGCAAGGAACCGGCCGCGCCGGGGGAGGCGGACGCCGCCGCCGCGGCUGCCGACUGGAGCGUGUAA